UAUACGUCAUUUUAGUGCGCCAAAACAUUGGGGCAGUUGUGUAAUGUGCUGAAUGUCAGUGUGUCAGCUGAGCAUAAUGUCCCUUUUACGUUUCUGUUCUUUUAACAACAAAUGUUUGAUAAAAAAUGGAUUAUUAUUAGAGUCGAUGAUUACAGCGUGCUCAAGGACAGCAGGCUACACAACCAAAGAGGAUAAGAAGCCCCUCCGCAAGGCAAAGACGCCUCUGGGGAAGUUCGACACGGAUGAUAAGGACACAAAAACUACAGACGCCUUUAAAAAAUUUCCAGAUGAUGUGAAUCCAUACACAAAAGAAAAAGGUGGCCCGGCAGGUCCUGAGCCAACACGAUAUGGAGACUGGGAGAGAAAGGGUCGCUGUAUUGACUUUUAGUUGAAUGUUAACAUGUAUGCAUCCCACAAGUGUAUUGAUAUCAUUGGAUGUGUGUUAUGUAGACGAACCAUGUAAUACAUUUUUGAGAAGGUGACCGAAUUUAUUUGUUAUGGCAGAUGCAUUUACUGGUGUAACUUGUGUACAUCAGUGUAAAACAUGAAUGUUGAAAAUAUACCUGAAUAAAGCUGAAUGGCUUUUGA